AUGGCAAAAAAAGAAAUUAAACACGAUAAUCCAAUGGAUGCAUUAACAUUUAAAUCACCAGAAGCUUUCAAAAACACAAUCUUUUACAUUAAAAUCAAGUUUAAUUUUUUUACAAUCAAAAAACUAAAAUUAACCAAUCAAUAUUCUUUAAGAAACAACCACAAAAAGGAAGAGAAUUACUACGAGAGCGAUAUAUGCAAUGAUUAUUUUUAUGAUGACGAAUACUACGAAGCAUAUCAUAAAAUUAAUAACCCAUCCUACGAGCCACAACAACAACAAAGUCCACCACAAUCAUCACAACAACAAUCACAAUCACAAGCACAAGCACAACAACAAUCACAAGCACAGGCACAACAAAAACAACAAAAAUCACCACAAUCAUCACAACCACAACCAAAACCCACUUCAUCAAUUCCCGAUUAUAAAAAACUAUUUAGGGCUAUGGAUGAAUAUGAAAAACUACAACAACAAGAACCAGAACCAGAGUUAGAAUCACAACACCAGCAUCAACAUCAACAUCAUCAACAACAUAAUCAACAAAACCAUCAACAACAACAACAAUCAAAACCACAAACACAACAACAAUCAACUCCAAAUGUAAAUUCACAUAUUAUUGAUGGCCAAGGUCAAUAUUGUGAACCAAUGGAUAUCAACUCAGCUGUAGAGGACUAUGCAGCUUUAACACGUUUAUAUGAUCGUUUGGAUCUCUACAAUUUGGAGAACAGUAGGGAUAUUCCAGGCGAUGGAAACUGUCAGAUGCAUGCUUUAUCUGACCAAGUUUUCGGUGACUUGAACCAUGGUCCCGAAAUUAGAAGAGCCAUUGUUGCAUGGCUCAGAGAUAAUAAAAACUUCACCCUUAAUAAUGGUGCAAAACUAUCCCAAUUUGCAAAUACUAAUGAUUGGAAUAGUUAUUGCAACCGUAUGUCAAGAAACGGUACCUGGGGUGAUCAUUUGACUUUACUUGCUGCUUCCGAAUUAUUGAAAUCUCAAAUUACAAUAAUUUCAUCAGUUGAAUCUGAAAGAAGCUCUAUAAUUGAAAUAAUACCAAGUUCAAUUCAAAACAGUAGAGAAAUUUUAUUAUCUCACUAUGCAAAACAUUAUGGCUCAUUGCGUUCAAAACCAUAA